AUGGGUAUUUCACGAUCAAGAGCUGGCCACGGCAUCGGUAGGUCUUGGUGGUUGCUGCUGGUUGCUCUGCCUCUGCAGCUGCACCAGUUCCCCACGGCUCGACCCAACCACUCAAGGCCACAGCAAGUGCCUCCGUCGAAGCGAGAACGCUACCUCCUGAGACCUGCAGAAGACUUUGUGUCUCACACCGGCCGCACUGGGGCAGAAAAAGGUGAAGGCCUUCACUUCAUUACUUCUCCCUUGGAUCCGGAAGGCAUCCCAGACACUGAACGAAGUGCGGCCUUCUCAAAGUGGCGCGCCCAGCUGAAAAGCGCUAGGACCGGCCAUGAAGUUUGGGCACGCUUGGAGCUGGCUGCAAGCCGCAACCAGGUGGACGCAAGCGUGUUGGGAGCUGCGAUGCAAAAAUGUGGCCACCAACGAUGGUGGACAACCCUUCUUGCUGUGUACGGCAUGGUGGCCAAGGAAGGAAUCAAGCUCGGAAACAUUGCCAGAAACAUUGCGAUGACGGCCAUGGCCUCGUGCCUAAGAGACCGGAAACUUUCACGUAAGGCGUUAGCACCUCGCAAACUGGAGGCGCUGCAACUGAGCAAGGACCUUUGGGAAGCCAGGUCUGCACCGGAAUCUGAACUCGCUUACAACCGCGCUUUGAGCAGUGCUUGGGAUGUAUGUUCAGCAGUGGGUCCAGAAGCAUUAUCAUGGGCAGGAGCCAUUUUCAGGUGGUCUGAAAAUUUCACUUUUGCCAAGAAUGUUAUCUCCUACACAAGUUGGCUCUCACUUUUGGAGCACUGUGGAAAGCGCCAGCAAGUUGACAACAUCUUGUGCCAAAGUGCCAACUGGAGCACUGUGUCCCUGAAUGAGGUCACAUUAGGAAAUUUGGUAAAUGAAGCUGCCAUGGCGCAGAACAGCAGCCGAGCAGAUCAGCUGUGGAGCACACUUGUGGGCGAAUUGGGCGUGAAACCGAACUUGAUUUGUUUCGCUGCCCACGCGAAAGCGCACCUCUUGGCAGGGAAGCCAGACAAGGCGAUAAAGGUUCUGGAUUGCAUGGGUGAUUGGGCCGCGGUGGCCUCUAACUACCAAGCCAUCGCCAUCUACCUCCAGGCGCUUCUGAUUCUGUGCCAUUCUGCUGCGUCUGGUCCAGACUUCAAGCGUUUGUCCAUGGUUUUGUCUGGUGCCGUUGACGUGAGUUUUGCUAAGCGAGGCCAGAAAGUGAAGAAGGAGUGGCAAGAGAUGCAAAGUGCGGGCAGGAAUAUUCUUUCAAAGGGUGCGCCCUUGACACUGCAUCAGAUCCUGUUGCACGACGGAGCGAAACGCUGGAGUGUCAUGAAGAGCUGGCCGGACUAUCCCGCAGGGUCAAAUUACUUGACACUGGCACACCCAGCUCACGAAACUGCACAGUUGCGGUCUACACCUCAACGGCUUCCUACGAGCUCCAAGCGUGUUACUAGGCCGCUGGGCCUGGGCUGCUGA